AUGGGGGUAACCGCUCCCCCUCCUUUACCACCGGUGCCGCGGCCAAGGGUGAACCCAGUUCCUAUUCCCACCGCUGCCCCUUUACCGAUCCCCCAAGGGAAGGGUAAGGGGAAGGGAAAAUCUUCCCUUCCUCCUUCCCAACCCACACUCCUUCCUACGAACGUGGAGGCCCACACCGCAGCGGCAACGCUGAUGGCGGAGGAUAACCCACCACGUCCUUCCACAUCUACUGCUCCCGUCCCAAGAGCUCCAGCUGUUGCGUCCUCAAAGCAAGUACGCACUACCGGAGGGAAAGCCGCAAGAAACGCUAAAAAAAAUAAAAAUAAAAAAAUAAAAAAAAAGGAAAAGAAACUUGCGGCAAGGGCCCAAGAACAAGCCUUGCAAACCCAGGCCACAGGCAGUACCUCAACUGCCCAAUCCAAGCCACAAAAAGAGGCGCCUCAACAAAUGGAGGUGGAGUAUGUGGAGCCGGAAGAGGCAGUAGCCUCCACCUCCUCGACAUCCAGGCCAAUAAAAGUGUCUAUCGAGAAGCCCCAAGACCCAACGACCUCGGGCCCAAAUAUUCAUUCCCUCCCUCCCCGCCCUCAGCGUGAGCGGCGCAGCGGUCGGCAGGCACAACCUGCUGGCUUUGCUGCAUGGCUCCUCGCGCUGUGGGAGAAAUUGUCCGAGGUGAUCUCCGGAGUAAUCCGUGAGAUCGCCUCGGGAGCCAGUCCCUUCGGGGCGCUCCUGUCGGGGUUCUACCGAAUGAUUGCGCGGUUCAAUGGCUAG